UCCCGAUACCGGCCAACUCUAAUUUUGAGAGAAUGCUUGCCAAAAUUCUAAUAAUUUUAUUUUGUGUAAUAAUCCAAACCCAUGCCUGGCCUUUGAAUGAGUAUCCAUCCCCUAGAGGAACAACUUAUUGGAAAUGUGGUGUUACUAAACCUGUUUGGGUUUGUGAUCCUGAUGGAGUGCUGAAUUAUCAACAGAGGAAAGAAAUUGUUGAUUUGAUUGAAAAUUUCCUGGAGAAAACUAAACGGCCAAAUUCAACAGUUCCAAGUAUGAGAGAAGGAGUUAGACUUGAAGUGGCUUUAUCAAAUUUUGAAUUUGAUUUGGAUGAUGGUUCCUUUAGAUAUACGAAUCUGUGCACAAAUGAUAGAAUUUGGAUGCUAGCUGAUUCAACAAAAUUUGGGCGGCAAGAUGUACAGAAAAUUGAGUUUGUAAAUACAAAUGGGUUUCUUUAUUGUUAUUCGAUACGUGACUUAAUGCUCCGUCAUAAUGAAGACUAUAAACUACCAGGGAGAAAGACUCAUCAUCUUAAAAUGAAUUAUCCUGAUGCACUAAAGAAUUAUCUUGAAAAUUUGCUCAAACUUUACAAUCAACGCUUCUCAAGCUUCAAUAGCCAUAAUGCUUCUAAAAAGGGUAACAUGACUGUAUUAGAAAAAAGUGGCUUGCAAAAGGGUGAUAAAAAACUAGCUGAACGGCAGCAAACACUUGAUCAAGGAAACGAAACGUUGACUGAUUUUCACGCAGCUAUAGAGGAGAUAAACGGAUAUGGUUUAUCGAAUAUGCCAAUUUGGAAAUUAUUUUAAACG